CCGGCCCGGCUCGGCUUCCCCUGCGCUCCGGCCCCCGCGCCUCCAGCCCGGCCGCGAACCCCCAGCCCGGCGGCGGCUGCAGCGCCGGUCCCGCUCCUGUGGCUGCCGCUGCCCGUGGUUCCCUGCGCGCGGCUCCAGCUCCGAGCCCCGGCCGCGCUGCCCCUCGGUCUGGUCCCUCCUCUGAGCUCCGCUGCGUUCCUGGGGCCUGCCCCGUUCUGGGGAGUGUCUGCUCCCUGCUUCUCCGUGCCCAGCCCCCGGGGCACUGUUUAUCCGUGCCCCCCUCUUCUGUGCCCAGCCCCCGGGGCACACUCCCCUUCUGUGCCGCUCCUUCUGUGCCCACUUCCCUGGGACACUCCCCAUCUCUGCACCCCUCAGGACCCCCCUCUUCUGUGACUGGCCCCCGGGACACUUCCCCUCUGUGCCCACACCCCCAGUGCCCCCCUCUUCUGUGCCUACUUCCCUGUGACACUCCCCAUCUCUGCACCCCUCAGGACCCCCCUCUUCUGUGACCGGCCCCCGGGACACUUCCCCUCUGUGCCCACACCCACAGUGCCCCCCUCUUCUGUGCCCACUUGCCUGCGACACUCCCCAUCUCUGCACCCCUCAGGACCUCCCUCUUCUGUGACCAGCCCCGGGACACUCCCCAUCUCUGCACCCCUCUUCUGUGCCCAGCCCGCGGUGCACUCCCCAUCUGUGCCCAGCCCCUGGGGCACUCCCCAUCUGUGCCCAACCUCUGCAGAGAUUCCCAGAUCGUGCCCAUGGGCAUCGCCAGGUUGGCCGAUGUGAUUAAGGAGGAGGCUGCGGAGGCCGUGAGCUCAUUCCCUCUGCGACAGUAUCGAGACCGCGUCAUAGCCCUGGACGCGUCCAUUGCCAUUUACCAGUUCCGCACGGCCAUGCCGAAGCUCUUCAACCGUAACGGGGAGAACAUCAGUCACUUGCAGGGGCUGUUUUACCGGACGCUGCAUCUCCUGGAAAAUGGCAUCAAACCGGUGUUUGUGUUUGACGGGCAGCCCCCUGACCUCAAGCAGCCACUGUUGGCCAAGCGGGCGGAGGCUGCCGGGGCUAGGAGAGACGUUGCAGAGUCCCACCGGGCUGAAAACCUGCCGCGGCCCCUGAAGCAGGAUUGCGAGACCCUGCUGAGCUACCUGGGUGUGCCAUAUGUGCAGGCUCCGGCUGAGGCGGAAGCCACCUGCGCAGCUCUGGUGAAGUCUGGCAAGGUUUGGUGCACAGCCACGGAAGACAUGGACGCGCUGCCUUUCGGGAGCCUCCGCCUGAUCCGCCACCUGAGCUCCAAGAACAACUGUGAAGUAGAAGAGUUUUCCCUGCCGGACAUUCUGCAGAAGCUGGGCAUGACUCAGGAGCAGUUCGUGGACCUGUGCAUCCUGCUGGGCUGUGACUACUGUGGGAAGAUCUGGCGGCUGGGCCCCAAAAAGGCCCUCAAGCUGCUGCAGCAACAUGGGACAAUCGAGCAGGUUCUCCAGAACAUCGACCCGCAGAAGCACCCGCUGCCCGCCAACUGGGACCUGGAGGGAGCUCGCAGGCUCUUCUUGCAGCCGGAGGUGGCCGACCCGGGCCGGAUAACGCUGGAGUGGCGCGACCCCGACCCAGAGGGGCUGGUGCGGUUCCUCGCCCAUGAGAAGCACAUGAACGAGUUGCGGGUGUGCCGGCGGCUGCAGCGGUGGCAGGAGGCCCAGCCCAAGCCCGAGGAGGUCGAGCCCAAGCAGCGAGCGCCCCGGGAGGGCGGGAGGCAGCAGAAACUGGGCGAGUUCUUCCCAGCCAGCAAACGGGCACGUCCGCCGGAGGUGCCUGGCCCCCGGCCCAGCAGGAAGAGACAGAAACCGCAGGUGGGGAUGCCCAGGGAAGCGGGCAGCCCGGAGCCGGGAAAGUGAGAUGCUGGCCUUGCUCCUGCUCCUGCCCCAGCGCCCAUACGCUGCCGUCUGCUCUCCUCCAGGCCGUCUGCCCGCCAUGCCCAGUGGGCAGCUGGGGCAACAUGCCGGGAGCCCAGUGGCUGCACCUGAUGGGCACGGACGGAACCAAAUCGCAGCCGCUCUCCGCUUUAAUGCCCAGGUGCAGGCCAUGCUCCAGCAUGCGAUACGGCCCAGACAAGGCACUGCAUGCUGGGAGCUG